AUCAAAAAAUUAAAGGCCCAUUAUGAAGUUAUCCAUACUCGCAACCCUCGCUCUUGCCUUGUCCGCAUCAGCUCAAGUAUCGACAAUCGUGAGCGUCAGCCAAUCCGCUACCACCACUACCUCAACGGACAGCGCAGCUCUAUCAUCACUAAAAUCGUCAGCAUCCGCCUCCGUAUCUUCCCUCAGCGCAUCGCUGUCCUCGAAAGUUAGCGCUGCAAGCUCGAAAGCUUCGGCAGUCGCUUCGUCCGCUGCUUCUGCUGUUUCGAGCGCGAAAUCUGCAGCUAGUACGGCUGUCAAUCCAUCGCCUACCAAGUCUAGUGGAGCGAUUGCAAACGGUGGUGUUAAUGAAGUUGCGCUUGGAAUGGUUGUAGGGAUGGUUGCCGCACUUGUUUAAACGGUCCCCGCACGCGGCACGACUCGUGUUGACUUGCUCGUGGAUACCCGCAUGACGGAGAUAGUAAAUUGGGGUGGAGCGGAGUGUUCACUAUGUUUUAGGGCAAGGGAUUUUAUGAUUAUCGGGCAAGUGAUAGGAUUUUGCUUUCGUCUACAAUGAUACCUGCUUCGUAUACUUCUUUAACGUAUAUGCAUGAAUAUUUCCUUUUUAUAAUACUUACAUAUCAACUGCUCAACUUUGACUUCUGUUGCACAUUCCAAUUUGAAGAAAUUCGGCGU